CCCGGCUUGAUUUGAUCUAUGAUUGGUUUUAUUUAGAAACAAUUAAUUUUGAUCCUCUGAUUUGUGUUAAUGUAAUUGAUGAUAAUUGUUGAUUAUGUGUUCCGAGGCUGUGUUAAAGUAUUUGCAGUCCACUAAUCGUCCAUAUUCAGUAAAUGAUAUAUUUCAAAAUCUACAUAAUGCUUUCAGUAAAAAUGUCAUCCAAAAAUCAUUGGAUGAACUUGCUGAGAAAGGUUCAAUUAAAGAGAAAGUAUAUGGUAAACAAAAGAUUUAUUGUGUGAUUCAAACAACUGAGGAUGUAGGUAAUGAAGAUGAGCUUUUUGAAUUAAAUGAAUUAAUUGAAAAGAAAUCCAAAGAAGCUCAUCAGUUAGAUCAAGAGAUUAAACUUCUGGAGUUGAAGUUGAAAGAAUUACAGUCUCAACCAACCACUCAACAGGCUGAGGCAGAUAAUGAGAGAUUGAGGAAAUCAAAUGCUCUAUUAAAAGACAAAUUAAAUCAGCUUAGGAAGGGAGUUUCAAUUAUUUCCAAAGAGGAAUGGAAAAAAAAGGAAGAAGAACUCAACAAAGUUACCAAGGAAUGUAAAAAAAGAAGCAGGUGGCUCAAAGACAUGACAGAUGCAGUUCUAGAGAAUUACAAUUCAUCGAAAAAUCAAUUAUAUGAUGAGAUUGGAAUUGAAAUGUGAUGUACAGAUAUUAAGUUAUUGUAUUAUUUAAUUUUUAUACUCAAUUUUGUUACUUAAAUUUAUUUUAAAAAUAAAUAUAUAUUAGUUUA